AAAUUUCGACUCGAGUCGACUAUUGCUACGAGUUGAAUCGACGCUGUUGCCAUGAAUGCGUUGGCUGUGAGACACACUAGAAACAUCAUUCAUUUGACACAGUGCAGACAUGGAUGGAGUCGUCAUGCUGUCACUCUGGCUCACAUCGCCAAACCACCAAUUGCUCGAUAUUCUGUCUCUUCAUCUCAACAGUCUGUAGCCUUGUCAUCAUUGUCUCACUAUAGCAGUGCUCGUCCCAUCACUACCCGAUUCAACUUUGAUACGUACAAGCUUGUUAGGCAGCUUGAACUGCAGGGACUCACUCGAGGCCAGGCUGUAGCCAUCAUGCGCACCAUCAAUGCAUUUCUUGUUGAUGAUACUAUGGCAGUCAGGGCUGCUACUCUUUCUACGGUUGAGCUGGAAAAUGAAAUCUAUCUUUACAAAGCCCAACUCCAAGAACUACGGAAUGAACUCCAACUUCUUCGCCAAAACGAUUCCGCAAGUCUCAAGGCAGAUACAGAAACUACCAUUCGAGAAAUAGAAUCUCUGCAUCAAAAGUUUGUUGAUAUACUUGCUUCUCUCAAGGGCGAGGUGGCUAUGGAUCUUAACAACCACAAGGCAGAUUCGCGUGAGUUGGGAACUGACACUGAUCUGCGUAUCCAAGAGAUUCAUCAUAAACUCGUGCUCAAACUAAGUGAUUUAAAGACUAAAAUAGAAACGAUGAAAGUGGAGAUGACUCAGAUGAUCGUUUGGAUGGUCAUUGGACUUGUUUCAGCCAUCAUUGUGGUAGAUAUGUUUGAGCCAUCUCCACAGCAAGAAGAGCAGAAGGUUCUACCGUAUCAAAAACCAUCCAUGUUUCCAUUUUUUGGAUUGAUGUCGACUCCAUGGUCAAAACCAAGUCCAGUCCAGCAACGGAAUAAGGAUUUUUAAACCUUUAUCGCCAAUCUCAUUUAUUUCAUUUGUAGCUAUAAAUUGGAAACUGAAGUAGUUUUGAUUAUAAACAUAGAUAUGGGCUUGUAUAGAGUCGUAUUGGCAACAAUCAAACUCAAUAUUUGGAUUGCAAUGGAUGAAUCUGGAGAUUAUACAACAUAUGACUGUAUUGAGGCGAAAGAUUCAAGCUAUAAUUUGACCGUAUGCAUUAUAUCAUGGUCGUUGUGCCUAUUGAAUGAGAGUUUUAUUCAAGCAAUGAAUCUUUAAUAGAAAUCGC